AUGAAAGCUCAUAUACUACUUCAACUACUACCUGGUCUAGUGACUUUCAACUGUUUUCACAAAGACAUUCUUCGUAUUACAAACCAGCACGAGAAGGCCUCCAUUGACAUGUUUGAUCACCUUAUUGAAGUUAAUGAGUUGAAAUUUGAAUUUGAAAAAUAUUGUUUCAGUGAGAAAGAUUUCAUAUUCAUAAAAGAAUUAAUUUAUGGAAUUUUACCGGGAAACAGUGAAUUAAUUAGCAGACAAGAUAAAAUCUUUUUAUAUGAAAUUAUUUCAAAUAAACGUACAUCUGUAGAUGUUGAUAAAUGGGAUUAUUUUGCACGAGAUUGUCUGAUGGUAGGUAUGAAAAGUAACUUUGAUCACAUGCGAUGUAUGAAAUUUAGAAGAGUAAUUGACGAUGGAUCGGGGAAGAUGCAGCUUUGUCUUCGUGAUAAGGAAGUUAGUAAUAUAUACGAAAUGUUCCAAAUCAGAAAUAAUAUUCACCGUCUGGUAUGUAAGCAUGCUGUCACGCUAGGUGUAGAGAUGAUGCAUGUUGACGCGUUGGUUUUAGCCGAGAAAUCUAAACUUCUUGUUACAGAUGGAACAUGGAAUAUAUCAGAAUGUAUUAAAGACAUGGAUGCUUUCACCAAGCUCAAUGAUAAUAUUUUUAACCGGAUAUUAUAUUCCACGGAAGAAAAUCUACAGGAAGCCAGAAAAUUACUGGAACGAGUUGAAAAUCGCAAGUUAUAUAGGAAAAAAGGAUUACCGUCGGCUAAAUAUUCCAACGAAAAACAUAUUCCAAGACAUAACUACACUGGACCAGGAGCCCGUUUAGAUUUACGAUUCGAUUCAAACGAUAAUCCCAACCAAAGAGAAGAACCUAUCUGCAGAAUUGAUCAAGCGGCGUUAAAACACGACAUUAUAUAUAGAGAUCAUGAAGAUUUGGAAUCUAGUCAUAAAGCGGAUCAACAAAUGAUUCAUGAAUUAGAAUCUACUCCAAAUCCAAGAGAAAAAGUUGGAGGAGCUCUAGUCACAAGACUUUUAAAAUCAAAAAUGAAAUUAGGUAUGGGAAUAGCAGAUGAAAUUCAUAAAUAA